UCCGCUUCCCUAAUUCUCUCCGUUAGCUUAGCUUCAGUUAUGGUGGCACGUGGCCUAUGCUGGAAGUCUGCUAAGUGGCAUUUGGGGUUUGAGCCCCUUCAGACGGGAUCGGAGAGGCUUGAGCGUGCCCACACCCCCUCCUUCCUGUGGAGUGCAGGGCCAAGUCCUGCUGGUGGGCUCAGCCAGCGGUGUCAUGAGACUUCCUCCUUGAAGCCUCUUUCAUAUUCCCCCUUCGCUCCGCGUCGUGGGCUCCUGUCCUCCUCAUGGACUGGUAGAAAACUUUGUUACUUUGACAAAUGGCCCCUCCCCCUGUCUCUGGGCGUUAGCACUGUGAGGGCAUGAAAGUGACCCCGGGCUCCCCGCAGCGGGCCUGAGCCAGCCGGGCAGUCGGCACUCAGUCAGCGUGGGACGGCUUGUUCUCCUGACCAGCUCCCGAAAGCGAGGAGGAGAUGGCCACCAAGGAGAAGCUGCAGUGUCUGAAAGACUUUCACAAGGACAUCCUGAAGCCAUCCCCAGGGAAGAGCCCUGGCACGCGGCCCGAGGAUGAGGCUGAGGGGAAGCCCCCACAGAGGGAGAAGUGGUCCAGCAAGAUCGACUUUUUGCUGUCUGUGGCUGGCGGCUUCGUCGGCUUGGGCAACGUCUGGCGUUUCCCAUACCUCUGCUACAAAAAUGGUGGAGGUGCCUUCCUCAUACCGUAUUUUAUUUUCCUGUUUGGGGGCGGCCUGCCUGUGUUUUUCCUGGAGGUGAUCAUAGGCCAGUACACCUCUGAAGGGGGCAUCACCUGCUGGGAGAAGAUCUGCCCCCUGUUCUCCGGCAUCGGCUACGCCUCCAUUGUGAUUGUGUCCCUCCUGAAUGUGUACUACAUCAUCAUCCUGGCCUGGGCCACAUACUACCUGUUCCAGUCCUUCCAGUCAGAGCUGCCCUGGGCGCACUGCAACCACACCUGGAACACGCCCCAUUGCAUGGAGGACACUUUGCGCAAGAACAAGACCCUGUGGAGCACUCUCAACACCAGCAACUUCACUUCCCCUGUCACCGAGUUCUGGGAGCGCAACGUGCUGAGCUUGUCUUCUGGGAUCAACAGCCCCGGCUCGCUGAAGUGGGACCUCGCUCUCUGCCUCCUUUUCGUCUGGUUGGUCUGUUUCUUCUGCAUCUGGAAGGGCGUCAAGUCCACAGGGAAAGUUGUCUACUUCACGGCCACUUUCCCAUUCGCAAUGCUCCUGGUGCUGCUGGUUCGGGGACUGACGCUCCCCGGUGCAGGGGCAGGCAUCAAGUUCUAUCUGUACCCGGACAUCAGUCGCCUCGAGGACCCACAGGUGUGGAUCGAUGCUGGGACCCAGAUAUUCUUCUCCUACGCCAUCUGCCUGGGGGCCAUGACCUCGCUGGGGAGCUACAACAAGUACAAGUACAACUCAUACAGGGACUGUAUGCUGCUGGGAUGCCUGAACAGUGGUACCAGUUUUGUGUCUGGCUUCGCAAUUUUUUCCAUCCUGGGCUUCAUGGCACAAGAGCAAGGGGUGGACAUUGCUGAUGUGGCUGAGUCAGGUCCCGGCCUGGCCUUCAUUGCCUACCCAAAAGCUGUGACAAUGAUGCCACUGCCCACAUUUUGGUCCAUUCUGUUUUUUAUUAUGCUUCUCUUGCUUGGACUGGAUAGCCAGUUUGUUGAAGUCGAAGGACAGAUCACGUCCUUGGUUGACCUCUACCCAUCCUUCCUAAGGAAGGGUUUCCGUCGGGAAAUCUUCAUCGCCUUGAUAUGUAGCAUUAGCUACCUGCUGGGGCUGACGAUGGUGACGGAGGGUGGCAUGUAUGUGUUUCAACUCUUUGACUACUAUGCAGCUAGCGGUGUAUGCCUUUUGUGGGUUGCAUUCUUUGAAUGUUUUGUUGUUGCCUGGAUAUAUGGCAGCGAUAACUUGUAUGAUGGUAUUGAGGACAUGAUCGGCUAUCGGCCCGGGCCGUGGAUGAAGUACAGCUGGGCUGUGGUCACUCCAGUUCUCUGUAUUGGAUGUUUCAUCUUUUCUCUCGUCAAGUACGUGCCCCUGACCUACAAUAAAGUGUAUGUGUACCCGACCUGGGCCAUCGGGCUGGGCUGGAGCCUGGCUCUGUCCUCCAUGGUGUGCGUCCCCUUGGUUGUGGUCAUCCGCCUCUGCCAGACGGAAGGGCCGUUCCUCGUGAGACUCAAGUACCUGCUGACCCCGAGGGAACCCAAUCACUGGGCCGUGGAGCGGGAGGGGGCCACGCCCUACAGUUCCCGCUCGACCAUGAACGGCGCACUCAUGAAGCCGACGCACAUCGUGGUGGAGACCAUGAUGUGAGCGCCCCCGGGCGGCGGGCCGCUUUCCUGCUGUUUACUAACAUUAGAUUCUCAUAGGACCAGGUUUACAGAGCUUUAUAUUUGCACUAGGAUUUUUUUUAAUUGUCACAGAAAAUAUUACUGUGUGUGUGCACACGCGUGUGUGGUGUCGUGUGUAUGUGUAUUUUGUUUUGAUUUGGGGCUAUUUUGUACAAAAAAAAAAGCCCCAUGGGCAGAAGUCCGGGGCAAGGCAGAGCUUUCAUACUGAAUUAGAUGUAUUUUAUGGGAA